CCGACCCGCCGGGUUACUGUAAAACCUGUCCGGCCCGGCCUACGGCUGGAAGUCGUUUGAACGAAAUCCAAAGGUUAAUCCCGGUGCCAGGCCAGCACCAGGGCCCUGAGGCCAGGUUGCACACCUCUCUGCCAAAGGAGAGUAACCUGCCUGCUACGUUAAGCAACCAGACUCCGGCCGCGGGCCCCAGCACAGCUCUCUGCCUGGCUCCAGGAGGCAAAAGUGUAGUGAUGCCUUCCGGUAAAAAACGCGGACGCUGCGUCGCGAUGAAUUUAGUCCCUCUGGAGUCGCCGUCCGGGUACGCGGCUCGCCCGGGUCACGUGACUGCGUCUAGUGGCGGAGUGGGGCGCGCUGAACCGUGGGGUCCUGGGCAGACAACUGGUGGGAUGGAGGCGACCUUAGAGCAGCACUUGGAGGACACAAUGAAGAAUCCAUCCAUUGUUGGCGUCCUGUGCACAGAUUCACAAGGACUUAAUCUGGGCUGCCGUGGUACCCUGUCAGAUGAGCAUGCUGGAGUGGUAUCUGUUCUAGCCCAGCAAGCAGCUAAGCUAACGUCUGACCCCACUGACAUUCCUGUGGUAUGUCUAGAGUCAGAUAAUGGGAACAUUAUGAUCCAGAAACAUGACGGCAUCACGGUGGCAGUGCACAAAAUGGCCUCUUGACGUCUCGUGUCAGUUUUCCAGCAGCCUGUUAUAGGGACUCAAUCCUACCUGUGCUAAUUAUCUUGUAAAAUUAUUAAAGUUCUAGAAUUUAGGCCAUUCAUUUGCUGUGCAGUAUACACCUUUUUAUUUAUAUGGUAGCCAACCUAGCAAGAAUUAGUAAGGGAGAGUCAUAGUUUGGUCAUCUGUUGUUUUACUUUUCUGCCUCACUGUGUAGUCUAGCAUUGCCUGAAACUCACUGGGUCCAGGCUGCCCUCAACUGCUGGUCCCUCUGCCUCGGCCGCCUCUGUUCAGGAAUUGAGGGCUUGUCUGCAUGCCUGGCUGAAGGAUAAGGUUCUGAAGUGGCAGGUCCAGGUCACAUGUACAUAGGCUUUAUAUGUUCAAUAAAUCUGUUCAAAGGAAAA